AUGAAAAACCAAUUGCGUCUGUGCGCAAAGAAAGGAUUAGACAAAUCAAAGAUUCGAGCCCAAGAGACCUUUAUCUUGAACUUUGGGAUCAAAAGCACUGACUUCAAUCCGUUCUUUCCGACCUUUUCCACGUCUAAUGGGCGCUCACUCCUACAAGUACGCACCUUAAUGGGUUAUCUUAUUCCCCAUCAUUUGCAAGCUGCGAUUAUAGCCAUCAUUGUCAACUUCACUUUGGAAAUCAUUACAGCUAGCAUGGUAGCGGAUAAACCAACCUGUGCCAUUUGCAUAGACUUUCCCCUGUUUGUUAUUUUCUCCUUUCCACUCCCAACUACCUCGUAA